UCACCAAUUUGGGCAAGAUCAAUUCUGGGUGUUGUUGAGUUUCUUGUUCCUCUGGUCUGCAAGAUCAUGGCAGAGUUACUGCUUCUCCCUCUGGUGCGCGGUGUGGCUGGCAAGGCCACAGACACACUCGUCGAGACGGUGACUCGCAUGUGUGGCCUCGACGAUGACCGCCGAACGUUGGAGCGCCGUCUGCUAGCCGUCGAGUGCAAGCUGGCCAACGCUGAGGAGAGGAGCGAGACAAACAACUAUGUCAAGAGCUGGAUGAAGGAGCUCAAGUCUGUCGCGUACGAGGCUGACAACAUGCUUGAUAACUUCCAAUACGAGGCGCUGCGUCGCCAAUGUAAGGUUGGCGGGUCCACUACCUGCAAGGUGCUCAGCUACAUCACCCACCGCAGCCCGCUGCUCUUCCGUUUUGAGAUGAGCAAGAAACUCAAGAAAGUCCUUAAGAAGAUCAAUAAGUUGGUCGAGGAGAUGAACAACUUUGGCCUGGAGAAUUCUGUCCAUAGGGAGGAGCAGCAACAUCCUUGGCGGCAGACACACUCAAAACUGGAUGAGACUACCAAGAUCUUUGGAAGAGAUCAUGACAAGGAGUGGUUGGUGAAGCAGCUGCUGGACCAGCAAGGUCAGCGGAUGGUGCAAGUGCUGCCCAUCUUUGGGAUGGGAGGUCUUGGCAAGACAACUCUUGCUAAGAUGGUGUACAAUGAACAAGGGGUCCAGCAACAUUUUCAGUUGAAGAUGUGGCACUGCGUGUCUGACAACUUUGAUGCCAUUGCUCUCGUGAAAUCCAUCAUUGAGUUGGCCACAAAUGGAAGUUGCGACCUACCUGGCAGCAUCGAGCUAUUGCAAAAGCAACUUGAGAAAGUCAUUGGCCAAAAAAGGUUUCUGCUAGUGCUUGAUGAUGUGUGGAAUGAAGAUGAGAGGAAGCGGGAGGAUGUCCUGAAGCCUCUUUUGUGUUCUGUUGGUGGACCAGGAAGCAUAAUAGUCGUCACAACUCGAAGUCACAAAGUGGCCUCUAUAAUGCAUACCCUUCAACCCCAUAAGUUAGCAUGUCUGAGUAAACAAGAUUCAUGGGAAUUGUUUGCACAAAAAGCAUACAACAAUGGUGUAGAGCAAGAGCAAGCAGAGUUGGUCAGCAUUGGCAGACGUAUCGUCAACAAAUGCAGGGGGUUGCCUCUUUCUCUCAAAACAAUGGGUGGAUUGCUAAGUUCAUAUCAACAAGUACAAGAAUGGAAGGCCAUUGAGGAAAGUAAUAUUCGGGAUACUGCUAGAGGGAAAGAUGAAAUCAUGUCAAUCCUCAAAUUGAGCUACAGACAUCUAUCAUCUGAAAUGAAGCAAUGUUUUGCAUUCUUAGCAGUGUUCCCUAAGGACUAUAAGAUGGACAAGGAUGAGUUGAUACAAGUAUGGAUGGCGAAUGGUUUUAUUCUAGAGAAUGGAACAAUGGAUUUAACACAGAAAGGAGAAUUCAUUUUCAAUGAAUUGGUUUGGAGAUCCUUCCUCCAAGAUAAGCAGGAGUGCACACAUUAUUAUGGUGCAAACAGUUAUGUGACUAUUAGCUAUAAAAUGCAUGAUCUAAUGCAUGAUCUAGCAAAAGAUGUCACGGAUGAAUGUGCAAGUAUAGAAGAACUGACUCAGCAGAAAGCAUUCUUAAAAGAUGUCUCUCACAUGCAAUUGUCAAAGGCUGAACUGGAACAAAUCAGUGGGCUAUGCAAAGGCAGAACAAACCUCCGCACUUUGUUAGCUCCUUCAGAAUCACACAAGGAUUUUAAUGAGUUGCUACAGGUAUCGACAUCACUAAGAGCAUUGCAAUGCUCCCCUUAUUCACUUCUAAACUGCAAGGCCAUAAACGGAAAACAUUUACGAUAUCUUGACCUCUCUGGGUCUUACAUCAUUACGUUGCCCAAUUCAAUAUGUGUGAUGUAUAACUUGCAAACACUGAGGCUCAUGGCUUGCCGGGAUCUGCGGCAGUUACCAAAAGACAUGGCAAGACUAAGAAAGCUCGUCAAUCUUUGUCUUUCUGGUUGUGGUAGUCUCAAAAGUAUGUCUCCAAACUUUGGUCUACUGAACAACCUUCACAUAUUAACAACAUUUGUAGUGGAUACCGGAGAUGGCCUUGCCAUAGAGCAGCUCAAAGAAUUGCAACACCUUAGCAAUAGGUUGGAACUAUUGAAUUUGAGCAAGAUAAAGAGUGGUGAGAAUGCAAAAGAAGCCAAUCUUAGUCAGAAGAAAAAUCUAAUUGAGUUGUUGUUCUCUUGGGACCAAAAUUUUCAUGAUGAGCCUAAAGAUGUCGAAGAAGUGCUUCAGGGUUUAGAACCUCACAGUAAUAUCCAAAAGUUGGAGAUACCUGGAUAUGGUGGCCUUGAAAUAUCACAAUGGAUGAGAAAGCCUCAAAUGUUUAACUGCUUGAGAGAACUCAAAAUGUUCAACUGCCCAAAAUGCAAGAGUAUACCUGCAGUAUGGCUCUCGGUGUCUCUAGAGAUUUUGUUCUUACAGAAGAUGGAUAACCUGGUAGCAUUAUGUAAUAACCUCGAUGUGGAACCUGGAUGCAAUACCCCUCUACAAAUUUUCCCAAGGAUGAAGAGGAUGGUGUUGAUUCAGCUACCAAGACUGGAGAUGUGGGCAAAAAAUAAUGUGGGGGAGCCUAGUGAUAGCUUGGUAACGUUCUCAAUGCUUGAAGAGCUAACAAUCGAAUUUUGCCCCAAGCUUGCAAGUAUUCCAAUGAUCCCCGUUGUCAGCGAGUUGAAAAUAAUUUGGGUUCACAGUACUGCAGUUGGUUUAGUUUUUACGGGCAUCUGUUUGGGCUCCUGGCCAUUUCUCGCCAGCUUAACUCUUGGGUCUCCAGAAGACAUACCCAUGUUGCCUCUAGACGCCCAGCAAAGCCAAACUCAAAUACCUCUUGAAAAACUUGAGAGUUUGACUCUAGAAGGCCCCAAUAGCUUGGUCACAAGCUCCGGAUUGUCCAGAUCACAACUUAUGGCUUGGAAAUGCUUUCCAUUCAUUAGAGAGCUGACGAUUAGGAGUUGCAACAAUCUUGUCCGCUGGCCAACAGAGGAGCUCCGAUGCUUGGAUCGCCUCCUUGUUCUGUGUAUCCAUGAUUGUGACAACCUGGAGGGGAACACUUCAUCGUCUGAGGAGGAAACCCUUCCACUGUCCCUGGAGGUAUUGAUGAUUCAUGGCUGCUGCAGUAUGACAGCAUUGCCUUCGAACCUUGGAAAUCUGGCCAAGCUGAGGAGGCUCGAUGUGCGUUACUGCAUUCGACUGAGAGCACUGCCUGAUGGGAUGUGUGGCCUCAUUUCUCUUAGGGAAUUGGAGAUUUGUGCCUGCUCAGGUAUGAAGGAAUUCCUGAAUGGUCUCCUGGAGCGGUUGCCCACUCUCGAAAUCUUAAACGUAAGUUUCAGCAGCUCGGAGUUGGUAAGACGAUGUAGAGAAGGUGGGGAGUAUUGGCACUUGGUCUCCUCUAUCCCUCGUAAAUUCAUAGAUUGGUGA